UGCGCAGGCGCGGGCGGGAGCGCGCAACAAGGAGCCGAGGGAGGGGUCGCGAACUCUGACCCCCCCCCCAAAUACACAAACCCCGAAAGCUUCCUGCCCCCACUUUUUAAAACCCUUCCCCCUUAGUUUUCUCCAACCUGCCUCUUCCCGGAGGCCCCCCCCACCCCCACCCCACAGCAGCCGCCGCAGUGGGACUGUCCGGUCUACGCCCGGGGAACGUAGCUCGGCAGAGAAGCGCCAGUAAGAGCCGGACACUCUGGCAAUUAAAUCAUGGCAACCAUAGAAGAAAUUGCACAUCAAAUUAUUGAACAACAGAUGGGAGAGAUUGUUACAGAGCAGCAAACUGGCCAGAAAAUCCAGAUUGUGACAGCGCUUGAUCAUAGUACCCAAGGCAAGCCGUUCCUUUUGACAAAUCCCGAUGGCUCUACCCCAAGCAAAGUCAUUCUGGCCAGGCCAGACUCUACUCCCGGAAAAGUUUUCCUCACAAGCCCGGAUGCAGCAGGUGUCAACCAGUUAUUUUUUACAACUCCUGACUUGUCUUCGCAACACCUCCAGCUCUUAACAGAUAAUUCUGCCUCAGAACAAGGACCAAAUAAAGGUUUUGAUCUUUGCGUAGUAUGUGGAGACAGAGCAUCAGGGCGUCAUUAUGGAGCUGUAACUUGUGAAGGCUGCAAAGGAUUUUUUAAAAGAAGUAUCCGAAAAAAUUUAGUUUAUUCAUGUCGAGGAUCAAAGGACUGUAUUAUUAAUAAACACCAUCGAAAUCGCUGUCAAUACUGCAGGUUACAAAGAUGUAUUGCAUUUGGAAUGAAACAAGACUCUGUUCAGUGUGAAAGAAAACCCAUUGAGGUAUCAAGAGAAAAAUCUUCCAACUGUGCUGCUUCAACAGAAAAAAUCUACAUUCGAAAAGACCUUCGAAGUCCCUUAGCUGCAACUCCAACUUUUGUAACAGAUAGUGAAACUGCAAGGUCAGCAGGACUUUUAGAUUCAGGAAUGUUUGUGAAUAUUCAUCAGUCUGGAAUAAAAACUGAGUCAGCUGUGCUGAUGACACCAGAUAAGGCUGAAUCAUGUCAGGGAGAUUUAAGUACAUUGGCCAGUGUAGUGACAUCAUUAGCAAGUCUUGGAAAAGCUAAAGACCUUUCUCAAAAUAGUACUGAAAUGUCUAUGAUUGAAAGCUUAAACAAUGGUGACACCUCUUUGUGUGAAUUUCACCAAGAAAUGCAGACUAAUGGUGAUGUUUCAAGGGCAUUUGACACUCUUGCAAAAGCAUUGAAUCCUGGCGAGAGCACAGCCUGUCAGAGCUCAGUAGAGGGCAUGGAAGGAAGCGUACACCUAAUUGCUGGAGACUCAAGCAUAAAUUACAUCGAAAAAGAGGGGCCACUUCUCAGCGAUUCACAUGUAGCUUUCAGGCUCACCAUGCCGUCUCCCAUGCCUGAGUACCUGAACGUGCACUACAUCGGGGAGUCCGCCUCCCGGCUGCUCUUCCUGUCGAUGCACUGGGCACUUUCCAUUCCUUCCUUCCAGGCUCUCGGGCAAGAAAACAGCAUAUCAUUGGUGAAAGCCUACUGGAAUGAACUUUUUACCCUUGGUCUUGCCCAGUGCUGGCAAGUAAUGAACGUAGCAACUAUAUUAGCAACAUUUGUCAAUUGUCUUCACAGUAGCCUUCAACAAGAUAAAAUGUCAACAGAAAGAAGGAAAGUACUGAUGGAACACAUCUUCAAGCUGCAGGAGUUUUGUAACAGCAUGGUUAAACUCUGCAUUGAUGGAUAUGAAUAUGCCUACCUGAAGGCAAUAGUACUCUUCAGUCCAGAUCAUCCAGGCCUAGAAAACAUGGAACAGAUUGAGAAAUUUCAGGAAAAGGCUUAUGUUGAAUUCCAAGAUUAUAUAACCAAAACGUAUCCAGAUGACACCUACAGGUUGUCCAGACUGCUGCUCAGGUUGCCAGCUUUGAGACUGAUGAACGCUACCAUCACCGAAGAACUGUUUUUCAAAGGCCUCAUUGGCAAUGUGCGCAUUGACAGUGUCAUCCCACACAUUUUAAAAAUGGAACCUGCAGAUUAUAACUCACAAAUCAUUGGUCACAGCAUUUGAACACUGAAAUCUCAGUUUAAACCGCUUGUUCUUUUCCAGAACACACGAAGACACCAAAUUGAAUUCAUUGCUUCCAGGGCAUCCGGACAUUUUUACUUUAAAGAGUAACCAAAAACCAAGAUGUUUUUAUUUUAACUUCCUUAAGAAGCAUUUUUGAAGUGACUGGCAGGUAGCAGAAUUGGAAUUUCCUUUCCUAUCUUAUUUAAGUGAAUUAAAAAUACUAUGAAUUUAUUCUUGGUUAAGAUGACACCUAAAGCUGUCCCCUCUUGACUAAGAUUUCUCAUUAUAUUUUAUUUUAUAAAACAAAUAAAUAAGUGUCUCUUUUUUUUCCCCCCAAAA